UUUGCCUUUAUCUUAAGAGCAGUGAGAAUCUAUGAAGACUUUAGGGAGAAUGAUGAUCAGAUUUUCAUCUUAGAAUACUGCAGUGUGAACGAAGGAUAUUAAAGGAGAGUAUUCAAGCAUGGACACAAGGAGAUGAGUGAAGAGGCUGUUUCAAUAGUGCAGACAAGACAUGAUGUCAGCCCAGCCAGGAUAGUGAUGGUUGAGAUAAGAAGUGGAUAAAUGAGAAAGAGAUUUAUCGUGUCAGAAUAUAUAGGACUUCAUAGACUGGAUGUUGAUAAUGACAGAAAGGAGGGAGUAAAAGAAGACUCUCAGGUGUAUGACUUGAGCCUGGAUUUCUUUUACUGAGAUAUGAGAGACUUGGAGGCACAGAUUAGGAGAGGGGCAGGGUGAGAUCAUGAGCUUUAUUUGCGAUCUGUGGAGCUGACAAUGCUUGUGAUAUUAUAUGAUGAGAUAAUCAUUACACAGUUGGGAAUACAGUUCUGAUGGUGAUAGAGGUCUAUCCAUGAGGUUUAGAUGGUAAUUUAUGCCAUGGGAGUAAGCAACUCUUUUAGGGCUGUCUAUGUAGCAUUAUAAGAGAAUAGGAUUUAGGAAAAAAAGCCCAAGAAAACACCAAUAUAUAAAAUUCUGUUAUGGAAGACACCAAUCACAGUUAUUGAGAAUGAAGAGCUAAGAAACAGGAUGAUUGCACAGAAGGGAUCAGAAUGUUUCAGAAGGUAUGGAAGAGUCAAUAUUAUUAAAUGCUAAUUAACUAGAAAAAAAAUUGAGCCAGAAAAUGAUUAGGUUAAGUGAUUUGUUAUAUUUGUGGUUAUAGAGUGUUGUGGAUAACAAGGAUGAAAUCAAUCAUUGCAGAACAACUUACAGACCAUGUAUCUUAGAAAUAUUUUCAUUUUUAUUCAGUUUUUUAAUGGACACCAUUAUUUCCUCCUAAAGGACACAGACCAUGACAAGAAGAAAUCAAACUAUUGUCUCAGUCUUCCUCCUUCUGGGCCUGCCAAUUGAGCCAGAGCAACAAAAUCCGUUUUAUGUCCUGUUCCUGGCCAUGUAUCUUAUCACCGUACUGGGGAAUCUCCUCAUAAUUUUCCUGAUUUGCCUGGACUCCCACCUUCACACACCCAUGUAUUUUUUUCUCAGCAAUUUGUCUUUCUCUGAUAUCUGCUUCUCUUCUGUGACCAUUCCGAAAUUGUUGCAAACCAUGCAGAGCCAAGACUCAUCCAUCCCCUAUGCCAGCUGCCUGACCCAAAUGUACUUCUUUCUGUUUUUUGCAGACCUGGAGAGUUUCCUCCUAGUGGCCAUGGCCUAUGACCGCUAUGUGGCCAUCUGCUUCCCCCUCCACUACACCAUUAUCAUGAGCUCCAAGCUCUGUCUCUCCCUGGUUGUGCUGUCCUGGGUGCUGACCAUGUUCCAUGCUAUGUUACACACUCUCCUCAUGGCCAGAUUGUGUUUCUGUGCCGACAACAUAAUCCCCCACUUUUUCUGUGACAUGUCUGCUCUGCUGAAGCUGGCCUGCUCUGACACUCGAGUCAAUGAGUUGGUGAUAUUUAUCAUGGGAGGGCCCAUUCUCGUCAUCCCAUUCCUACUCAUUGUCAUGUCUUAUGCACGGAUUGUGUCCUCCAUCCUCAGGGUCCCUUCUGCCAGGGGCAUCCGCAAGGCCUUCUCCACCUGUGGCUCCCACCUCUCCGUGCUGUCUCUUUUCUAUGGGACAGUUAUCGGUCUCUACUUGUGCCCUUCAGCUAAUAAUUCUGCUGUUAAGGAGACUGUCAUGGCCGUGAUGUACACUGUGGUCACCCCCAUGCUGAAUCCCUUCAUCUACAGCCUGAGGAACAGAGACAUGAUGGGAGCUCUGGGAAGACUCCUUUUCAAAAAGAAAAUUUCCUUCUCUGUAUAAUGGUAAAGCUGAGGAUUUUUACAUAAUUUUAUCAAGUAGAUACACUGAUGUUAAUAUGGGAAUAUUGACCCAGGCUUCUUUUUUUUCUCCCACCAUGAAUUUUUCUAUUAAAAAGACCUACUAAAUAAUUGUUCAGUACCUAAUACAAAUGAAGUGGGGUUAUGUGAUUGCACUCAGAAAGGGGAUCCCAAUGACCUGGUAGCAGGUUCUUUCUAUUUGCUCUUCCCAGGUGACCCUGAAGAAACAUUAUUUUUAAACUUUUAAUUGAGCUUUCUGUUUCCAGUUGUGAAACAACUAAUAUGUUAUGUGUUUUGUUUGUUUGUUUUUUAACUAAAACUCUGCUUUAAGUAAUACCCUGCUCUCCCAGGUCAAUAUUGACUAAAACUCAAGCCUCUCACUCCUCUGCUUACUUUCACUAAACUGGACUUUCAUUGUGAACGCAGAUUUUUACGUACUUCUUCCUGAACAAGGGUUCGCGUUAUUUUGUCUCCUCUUCUCCUCUGAUUUAUUUUCAUGUCUACAUUGUCUUUUUGACCUGAUCUGAACCUAAAAUGAACUUUCUAUCUCAUUUGCUACAAUAGUUUGUUUUUGCCUGGGAGCUAACCCAUACCUGGAGCUCUAUAAGUUACUCACACAGGUAUGGGAAAGCCAGAGCCUGGUUAAAGCCUUACUGUUUAAGGCUGUCUUCCUCCUACUUAGUAUUUUGAAUUUUUUCAACAAAUUUUACAUCCAUGAACUUAUGCUACUCUUAUGAUUACUCCACAAAGGAAUCUUAUUACCAUCUUAAAGAUUGAAAAUGUGGAAUUUGAUAACUUGCCAAAGUCCCAGAAUUGGUCAAUAUUGAGCCUAAGAUCUCAGACUAUCUAAUUUUAGAGUUUCUUCUCAUUUCCCCCACCUCAGAAAUAAGGGAAAAGCCAUUGAUUUUUCAGUCAGCCCCAUGUAUAGCAUUGUCUAGAAUUCUAACUUUGGACUGUUCAUUUCCUGUUAUCUCUGAUAGCAUCUAAAUCCAUUAUUUUAAUCCUCUCAAAAAUACUGCCUACCUCCACAUAUCUGUCUGAAGUCUAAAUCUUUUACAAGUUCUCAGUUUUUAUUUUCAUCUUCACAGUAGACCUCUCCCCUUGAUGCUCUAUGAGCACUUCAAUCUUAACCUACAAAAAAUUGAAUUUUUAUAUUUCCCCCCAAACUUCCACUUUGCUUAAACUCCAUUUGUUUUUAGCUUUACAGAAGUAUAAUUGAUAAAAAUUGCACACAUUUAAUGUAGACAUCUUGAUGAAUUUAGACUUAUGCAUACACCCAUGAUACUAUCACCACAACCAAGAUAUUAAAUAUAUCCAUAAUAUCCAAGAAUUUCCAUGUGUUCUUUUGUGUUUUUUUCUUUUUUGAUAAGAAUACUUUACAUGGAAUCUAUCCUCUUCACAUAUUUUAGAGUGCACAAUGCCAUAUUAUUAACUGUAGGUAUUAUAUUGUACAGCAGAUAUUUAGAACUUAGUCAUCUUAUGUAACAGAAAGUUAUACCCAUUGAAAAGCCAAUUCUGCAUUUCUUCGUCCCUCUGCCCCCAACAAACACUAUUCAAUUCUCCUUGUAUGUGGUUAUGACCAUUUUAGACACCUCUUAUCCAGAAUAAAAUCAUGCAGUAUUUGUCCUUCUGUUUGUGGUUGUUUCACUUAGCAUAACGUCCUCUAGUUUCAUCCAUGUUGUCAUGAAUUUUAAGACUUCUUUCUCUUUUUUUAAAAAAGAUGAAUGAUAAGCCACUGUAUGUAUGUACUACAUUUUCUUUAUCCAUUUAUCUGUUGAUGGACAUUUGGGUUGUUUACAUAUCUUGGCUAUUGUAAAUAAUGCUGCAAUGAACACAGAAGUGCAAAUGCCUUUUUGAGAUCCUGUUAUCAUUUCCUUUGGAUAUAUAGCCACAUUGGGACUGCUGGAUCACAUGGUAGUUCUAUUUUUAGUUAUUUUGAGGAGACUCCUUACAAUUUCCCAUUGUGGCUGUACAUUCCCACCAACUAUAUGUAAGAGUUCUCUUUUUCGGGGGUACCUGGUUGGCUCAGUCUUUGAAGCAUCUGACUUCGGCUCAGGUCAUGAUCUCAUGGUUCUUGGGUUAUAGCCCCGCGUCGGGCUCUGUGCCGACGCUACUCUGUGCCGAAGCUGUCAAGCUUCGAGCCUGGAGCCUGCUUUGGAUUCUAUGUCUCCCUUUCUCUCUGCCCUUCCUCCACUCAUGUUCUGUGUCUCUCUCCAAAAAAUAAAUAAACAUUAAAAAAUUAAAAAAAAAAGCGUUCUCCUUUUUCACCACUUGUUAUCUUAAAAAAGUAAUAUCCAUCCUAACAGAUAUGAGGUGAUAUCUCAUUGUGGUUUUUGAUGUGCAUUUCCCUGGUGUAUUAGUGAUACUGAGCAACUUUUUCAUAUACCUAAUGGCCGUUUGUACAUCUUCUUUGGAGAAAUGUCUAUUCAGGUCUUUUACUCAUUUGUUAAUCAGGUUAUUUAUUUUUAUUUUGCUGUUGAGUUGUAGGAGAAUCUUACAUAGUUUGUAUAUUAACCCUUAAUUAGAUAUUUGCAAAUAUUUUCUCCCAUCCAAUAGGAUGCAUUUUCAUAUUGUUUCCUUUGCUGUGCAGAAGCUUUUAAGUUUGAUGUCUCAUCAGAAGGUAUCAAGUACUUAGGAAUAAACUUAACCAAGAGGUGGAACACUUGUAUAUUAAGACUAUAAAACACUGAUGAAAAAAUUUAAAGCAGAUACGUUAAUGGAAAGACAGCCCUUGUUCAUGGAUUGGAAGAAUUAAUAUUGUUAAGAUGUCCAUAUUUCCCAAUAUACAGAUUCACUGCAAUCCUUAUUUUUUUCCUCUUUUUUUAAUUAAUUAUUUUAGGGGCCCCUGGGUGGCUCAGUUGGUUAAGCCUCCAGUUUUAGCUCAGGUCAUAAUCUCACAGUUCAUAGGUUAGAGCCCUGCAUCAGGCUCUGGGCUGACAGCUCAGAGCCUGGAGCCUGCUUCAGAUUCUGUGUCUCCUGCUCUCUUUGCCCCUCCCCCACUCAUACUCUGUCUCUGUCUUUCUAUCUCCCCCAAAUGAAUAAACAUUAAAAAAUAUUUUUUUUAAUUUAAAUUCACGCUAAUUAACAUACAGUGUAGUCUUGGCUUCAGGAGUAGAACCAUGUGAUUCAUCUCUUACAUACGAUACCCAGUGCUUCAUAGUAAUCCUUAUUAAAAUCCCAAUCGCGUGUUUUAUAGAAAAAAUCCUACAAUUCAUAUGGAACUAUAUCAGACUCUGCAAAACCAAAGAAAUCUUGAGCAAAAAGAACAAAGCUAGAGGCAUCAUAGUUCCUAAUUUCAAAAUAUAUUACAAAGCCACAGAAAUCAAAACAGUAAGGUAGCGGUGUAAAGAUAGACAUACAGUCCAAUGGAACAGAGUAGAGGACCCAGAUAUAAAUUCAUGUAAUAUACAAUCAACUGAUUUUCAAAUAGGGCACCAUGAACAUGCAAUGGGGCAAUGAUAGUCUCUUCAACAAGUGGUGUUGUGAAAACUGGAUAUCCACAUGAAAAAAGAAUUCAGUUGGAUCUCUUAUCUUACACCAUAUGCCAAAAUCAACUCAAAAUAGAGUAAGGGGUUAAAUAGAAGACCUAAAACUGUAAAACUUUUUGAAGAAAAUAUAUAGGGAAAAUUUCUUGACAUUGAUCUUGGCAGUGAUUUCUUAGAUUUGACACCAAAAGCCUAGGUAGCAAAACUAAACAUAGACAAGUAGGACUGCGUCAAAUGAUAUUUCAUUUUUUUUUUCUAAU